AUGCAUCAAAAUCACCUUUUCGAACUCGCGAAUGGAUUAUGGUCGAAUCCCCGAGAACUAUUUUACAAUAGUUCUGAAAUCAACUGGCAGGGAUUUCUCGCCCAUUUUGCGGGUACUGCCACUAUUUAUCAGAUGUGUACCGUAACUCCACUUAACUUGCCGCUUGUGCCCAAUGGGCCCGUGGCUGAGCCCGUUGUUCCGGAGCCCUACGCAUUACCUCAACUCGGAGACCAGGAUAUGGUUGAACUUGUUCCUGUCAACGAGGAGCAUGAAAAUGAGUCUGUCAUCGAUUUCGAAAUGCAGAGCAUGAACGGAGAACAAAACAUGGGGAUUGAUGGUUCAUCCGGUUAUGCCGGUGAUGAUGAUCGAUCAAUGACCUCCAUAGAAUCCGACCGUAUUCCAAUGUUUGACGGUGAAGAUGACGGGUCCGAAAUAUCGGAAGAAGGGCUUUCUGACGAUGACGUCAACCUAGAUGAUCUUGUUAAUCGCGACAAUAACGUCGCGUUCGAAGCUCCGCCUAGGGGCUUACAGGAGCUUUGGGAAGAGGAUGCCGAUUUUUACAGAGGGGAAUCGAGUUUGGCGACUAUGGAUUCCGACCCUGAUCAACAGCGUCUCCAGCAAAUCCGGGACCGCAGCGUUUCCGAAAAUCUGAAACAUGGGAUCAAUGUGUUCGGCACCAAACAAGUGUUCGAAGUGUAUAUUAACCGCUUCACAAGUCCGGUAGUUAUUUGA